UUUUAUUUUUUUCUGACAAAGAAGGCAGACGAGCAAGCUUUUGCGUUCGCUAGCUUCCAUGGAUGUUUUGCUUGUUCUCUUUUAGUAAAGCCUAAAGUUGCCCCCAACAACAACCCACAACUCUUGCUAACAUCGGAAAGGACCGUUACCAUAGUUACAUUUGAGAGAGGGCGAGACUGCUCACGUGACCCAGUAAGAUGGCGACCACAAUGCAGAAUGGAUUUGAAUGAUUUGAACUAAGAGUGGUCCGUUUUUGCUGGAAAUUUGGAUUCACUGGUUAAUCGAUCCUCGUAAUAUUGAAAUCCCAGAAUCGAGAUGGCUCUGAAUGUGUUUGAUCAUGAUGAAUACAGACCACCGGUGUGGAAGUCUUACUUGUACCAGCUCCAGCAGGAGGCGCCUCACCCACGCAGACUCACCUGCACCUGUGAGGUGGACAACCGGCCCAAAUACUAUGGAAGAGAGUACCACGGGAUGAUCUCGAGAGAAGAUGGCGACCAGUUGCUGAGUCAGGCCGAAGGCAGCUACCUCAUCAGAGAGAGUCAAAGGCAGCCGGGCACCUACACGCUGGCUCUGAGGUUUGGGAACCAGACGAGAAACUUCCGGCUCUACCACGACGGGAAGCACUUUGUCGGAGAGAAGCGGUUCGAGUCCAUCCACGACCUGGUCACCGACGGCCUCAUCACACUCUACAUCGAGACCAAGGCAGCAGAGUACAUCGCUAAGAUGACCAUAAACCCCAUCUAUGAACACGUAGGCUACACCACGCUGAACCAGGAGCCCGCUCUGAAAAAACACCUGCCACAAAGCCCCGACGCCCCGGAUGGACCCCCCCCGCCCAAAGACGACCUCCCCGCCGAGGAGAGGCUCACGGCGCUGGUGCGGCGGGCCACGCUGAGGGAGAGCGACUUGGCGCCCAAGUACGAGAAGGUCCACAACUUCAAGGUCCAUACAUUCAGAGGCCCCCACUGGUGUGAGUACUGCGCCAACUUCAUGUGGGGUCUCAUCGCUCAGGGAGUCAAGUGUGCAGACUGCGGCUUAAACGUCCACAAGCAGUGCUCCAAAGUCGUGCCCAACGACUGCCAGCCGGACCUGCGGCACGUGAAGAAGGUGUACAGCUGCGACCUGACCACGCUGGUGAAGGCCCACAACACCAAGAGGCCCAUGGUGGUGGACAUGUGCAUCCAGGAAAUCGAGGCUCGGGGUCUGCAGUCAGAGGGCCUGUACAGGAUAUCUGGCUUCAGUGAGCUGAUUGAAGACGUCAAGCUGGCCUUUGACAGAGAUGGAGAGAAGGCGGACAUUUCCUCACACGCUUACGAGGACCUCAACAUCAUCGCCGGAGCCCUCAAGCUCUACUUCAGAGAGCUGCCUAUUCCCCUCAUCACGUAUGACGCUUACCCACGCUUCAUAGAAACAGGAAAGAUCGCAGACGCAGAAAAGCGGCUGGAGUCUCUCCACGAGGCCUUGAAGCUGCUGCCGCCGGCCCACUGCGAGACGCUGCGAUACCUCAUGGCUCACCUCAAGAGGGUGACCGAGUACGAGAAGGAGAACCUCAUGUCCAGCGAGAACCUGGGAAUCGUCUUCGGCCCGACCCUGAUGAGGGCCCCCGGGCUGGACGCCAUGACGGCGCUCAACGACAUCCGAUACCAGAGACUCGUGGUGGAAACGCUCAUUAAAAACGAAGAUGUGCUUUUCUGAGCGGACCGGAGGGGAAAGGACCGAUGGGGUGUGAAAGGAUGGGAAGAGAAAUGAAUCGUGGCAGGUGCGUGUCGCUGAAGAGGACAACAAGGAGGGUUCUCGCGUGGAGGAAGUGGAAGGAGGGGACAAUGAAGGAAGGGACUGUUUGCACCGAAGGAAACAAGUUUGAAAAGGGGCAGGAAGUAGAACGAAGGAUGUAGUGUUUCCCCACAUCAUUUAAGUCAAAUUGUAAAUGAAGGACACUUCUCAUGCUUCACUCGAUAGAAAUGAGCAAAUAUCUGAGGAUAAUCCAGGAACAUAUAUGUCCAUGUGAGGGAAGCGCUCUGUGUUGAUAUCUUUCUUAAAUUGUUUUUUUUUUCUUCCCGCAGACUUAUUUUAGGUGCUCCAAUGUGCUGCCUUUAAGAAGCUUUUGUUAGCAUUGUUCGCCUGAAACCUAAUGAGCCACAAUCUCGUGAGUAAGUGUCACCUCGUGGUUACCAAUGGUUUCAGUGGAAAAGGCUCCCAUUAAUUUUCAUUUGCAUUUAAUCCUCCUUCAGAGAAGAAGAAGAAGCACUGACAGCUGGAUGAAUGAAUGAAUAGAAAAAGUAAACCAGUCUGAUUCCUCUGAAUGGAACUAAAGUGACGUUGGACCUAUUUGUCUUUUAAAACUCAAUAGCUUCCUCUUCUGUUCCACAGACUAAAACAUAAUUAUACAUCAUUUCACACAAAGCAGGCUUUAGUUCCUAACACAGACGUAUGAUAAGCUGUUGUUGCUGUUUUAAUUACAUGACAACUGAUGGGGCUGUAUAUUAAACGGUUAGAUUUUGUUCUCCUCUUACAGGGAAGCUUUGCUGAAUGUUUUCCUUCUGACCUGCAGCCUGUUCUUCUUCUCCAUUGGGGCUUUAAACUCAGCCUAACUGACUUGAAACUAUAUUUGUGAAACAGUUUUUUUUUUAUGUUGUUUUGACUUUGCUAUGGAUUGUCAUUUUUAUAAAGCAGUAUUGUGAUUAAGUACGCUCUCCUGCACUCGAUUCGUGCAGAUUGAAAUAAUCAUUUGACUUUUUUGGCCUGAGAAGGUUAAGAGAUUAAUUAGAAAUUAAACAAAUAUGGGGCAAAAAUCGGAAUAUAAAAAAACCUCAUACUAUUAAUUACUCUGUAUCCAUGAAUGAUUAUGAGGCCAUACAAGUGAAAGAUGAUAAAACUGUGAAAUUGUGACAAAAAAUAAGGCCAGUUUGGAUCAUUUGUUUUUAAUACUUUAUUUUUUACAGACGAUGACAAGAUGAGAUGUCAGCUAAAUACAAGUUAAUUUUUUUUAAUCAAAUGCUAUACAGAUGUUUAUUGUAGAUUGGGAGUAGGGCUGUGAGCUAUGUGAGCCAAACUGCAAAGGUGAUGAUGAAGGAGUAAGUGAAAGGACAUCUGUUGUAUGAAGGAGUGUCAUCGCCACAUCUUUUAAUUUCUAACUAAUACCAUUUGAAGAGGGGUGGAGGUGCUCUGCAUGUUUCCACACACACACCUAUGCUAACACACUAAACCCUUCUUUUAUUCAUAUAUACCCCCAUUUAUGUCGGGGGGGGGGGGGCUGUUUGUCUGCACCGAGUUUUUUUUAUUUUACUAUCAUUGCUGUAAAGUAUUUUCUAUCUUGUUUCUGCAUGCUGUAAUUAAAUUAUUAAAUAUGCAUCCCAGUUGG